AUAACCUUAACCGACAUUUCACGAAGAGUGCGUGCGGCACCGGCGAGAGAGAGGCAAAGUCUCAAGCUCGCAACUAUCGUCUGCGUGCGAGAGGCCGAGGAAGAGGAAGGGGAUGGAGAAAUGGAAGUGGGUGGGACACUGGGCUUGCGUUCUGGCUGGCUCAGCGCAAGCACAGCACAUUACUUGGGCCGAGUCGCGCACACCGCGCUGCCCUCUCCUUUCCUUGCCUGCCCUUGCCCACAACCGAGCAACAGAGCUAGAGCCAAAUCUUCUUCCGAUCCACGCUUGUGCUGUGCUUGCGUGCCUGCUGCGCUGCGCUGCCCAAGCCCUCGCCCUCCCUCGUGAAAUCACUGCGGCCGGCCCUUCACACACCCGUCCUUUUCCCCAUCCCUUGCUCUUCUGCACCACCUCUCUUCCUCUCCACCUCCAUCUCUCGACAUUGCCUCCUCCUCCUCCUCCCUCCAUUCCUUCGACACUGCACACCUCUCGAAGGGAAUACGACGCUCCGCCUGAGGAACCAGGUCCUACAAUAUCCUGUCCAGCGAUCCCCGACCACUGCUGCAGUGCACUUGAGAGAGAGCGAGCAACAGCCCCAACGAAAACCGGGCACAACACGAAGAGAGGCCGCGAUUUUCACAUUCGGCACAACAUUCCUGAUCUCCGAGAAAUAUUCAACAGCAAAACAACUUCGACUCUCGCAUACUCAUCCCCUCCCGGGAGCUACUGCCUAUGAUUCUACGACAUCGCCACCAGCUUGCGCGUGUCUGAGCUGUGUCGGAGAACUUGCCCAGUGCUCAGUCAGUCCAGGCCAAAGGCUAAUUAUUGCAAAGACCACUUUUAGUUUCAAGACUUGACCAAAAACCUCUCCGCCGCAUGGUCGACUCGAAUUGACGACGUGGAUUGGUGUCUAAGCACUUGCUGCGACGUUCCGGUUCGGUUUUGUUGCUGUUGCUGUUCACUUUUGCCCAGCCGAAGGGUU